AUGGCAAGCUCAAGAGAUCCAUUGGUGAUAUCAUUCGGUGAAAUGCUGAUCGACUUUGUUCCUGACACAUCUGGUGUCUCCUUGGCUGAGUCUUAUGCUUUUAUCAAAGCCCCUGGAGGUGCCCCUGCCAAUGUUGCAUGUGCCAUAUCCAAACUUGGUGGCAACGCUGCCUUCAUUGGCAAGGUGGGAGAUGAUGAGUUUGGAAGGAUGCUAGUUGACAUCUUGAAGAAAAAUGGGGUGAAUACAGGUGGUGUUUGCUUUGAUAUGGAAGCAAGAACUGCAUUGGCUUUUGUGACAUUAAGGAAGGAUGGAGAGAGGGAGUUCAUGUUUUAUAGAAACCCAAGUGCAGAUAUGCUAUUGAAGGAAUCUGAAUUGAACAUGGAUUUGAUUAAGCAGGCCAAGAUAUUCCAUUAUGGAUCUAUUAGCCUUAUAUCUGAGCCAUGCAGAUCAGCUCACUUGGCAGCCAUGAAAGCAGCUAGAGAAGGUGGUGCAUUGCUGUCCUAUGAUCCAAAUGUGAGGCUUCCUUUGUGGCCUUCUCAUGAGGCUGCUAGGUCUGGGAUCAAGAGUAUUUGGUUUGAUGCUGACUUCAUCAAGGUGAGUGAUGAUGAAGUUCAAUUUCUAACACAAGGAGAUCCUGAAAAGGAAGAUGUUGUUAUGUCCCUGUGGCAUGACAAAUUGAAGUUGCUUCUUGUCACUGAUGGGGAGAAAGGUUGCAGAUAUUUCACCAAGAAAUUCAAAGGCAGGGUAACAGGAUUCUCAGUGAAGUCAGUUGACACAACUGGUGCCGGUGAUUCUUUUGUUGGUGCACUUCUCACAGCUAUGGCCAAGGACACUUCCAUAUUUGAUAACGAACCAAAAUUGAGAGAGGCUUUGGCAUUUGCAAAUGCUUGUGGAGCAAUCUGUACAACACAGAAGGGAGCAAUUCCUGCACUUCCAACCGCCACAGAAGCUGAGAAAUUUAUUUCCAGCUCUAAAGCCAAGUAG